AAAACAGAAAGAAGCGGAAGACUGUGUUUUGACAACUUUGAUAACUCUUUAUUACUUGAUGAAGUUGUUAGCUCCGCUUAUAAAAGUCUUCUAGCUUCUUUUUGUGACCCUACAAUGUUGCCCCUGCUGUCACUCCUCCGCCCACACAAAAGAAUCUGCAAUGGCGGCUACUACACGCAGGAGGAAGAGCGCGCUAUGGGCAGCCAGACCAGGCUGGAACCGACCCAGGGAUCCGGUGCCUCUGCUCCCAAGCCGACGUCAGAGGCCAUCAGGCAGCAGGGGGGACGGCACCAUCAGGCAGACGCCAGCCAGGAAUGUGCCGCACCAGGAGACAGGCAACAUCUAGAACCUUCGCACGGUGAUGGGAAGGAGGGCGGGGGGACGUCGGGUCAUGAUCACAACAGCAGCGCCAGCGGCCAAGGAUAUCAGCCUGUUUCCGGCACCCAACCCCCUCCCACUAACCAACCCCCUCCCGCCUAUCAACCUCCCCCUGGUUAUCAACCACCGCCCGGGUAUCAACACCCCCCUCCGAUGUACCAACAAUCCCAAGGAGACCAUUACCCCCCUCAGGGAUACCAACCACCACCCCCGGGAUAUCAGCCUCCACCCCCGGGAUAUCAGCUUCCACCCCCGGGAUAUCAACCUCCACCCCAGGGGUACCAGCCUCCACCCCAGGGGUACCAGCCUCCACCCCCGGGGUACCAGCCUCCACCCCAGGGGUACCAGCCUCCACCCCAGGGCAACCAGCCGGCCCCCCAGAGCAUCUACGUGUCCUACCAGGGUCAGCAGAACGAUGCCCUACAGGACCCCCAGACCAGGAUCCUGGGGAUCGUCCAGACGGUGCACCAGGUGCCCACCUCCAACGCCAAGGACAUUCCCGUGUACUGCCAGGAGACGACGAUCAUAUAUUAUACGAAGCCUUUAGAAGAUCCAGCGAAAAGAAGAGAAUUUAUCCGGAAAACCUACUCUGUCUUAUUACUUCAGCUGAUUUUCACCUGUCUUGUUGUAGCAGGCUGUAUUUUCAUUGCACCUGUGACCGAGUGGUUGAAAGCGUACCCAAUUUUUGUCGUUGUUUUCAUAUUUCUAUACUUGUGUGGCUCAAUACUGAUGUGUUUUUUCCCGCACAAAAUGCUCGGCGUUCAGCCAAUGGCCAUUCUAGUUUUGAUAAUCCUUACAGUAGCCGUUGCUGGUAUCCUCGGCUUCGUCUCAGCCAACAAAGCCAAAGAAGCUGUUUUGAUAGCGGCCAUGGCCACUGCAGUGUGUGUUCUGGUGCUGACUCUGAUUGCCUUCUGCAGUAAACACGACUUCACCAAGUGGAACUACAUCAUGAUUGUCGUCUUUAUCCUGGUCUUAAUGUUCGGGUUCCUUGCGGGGUUCCUUCAUAACUAUGUCCCCAUUCUACGUUUGAUCUACUCGUUCUUAGGUGCCCUGGUCAUGUGUGUGUUUAUCGUGAUCGACACCCAGAUGUUACUGGGCGGGAAGAGGCACGAGCUGGACACAGACAUGUACAUCUUCGCCGCCAUCGUUCUCUUCACAGACAUCGCGCUCUUGUUUGUUUACAUCCUGGAUAUAGCUGAUUAUAAAUGAAACAAACUAUUGAACGCUCUUGUUUGUUUACAUCCUGGAUAUAGCUGAUUAUAAAUGAAACAAACUAUCGAACGCUCUAGUUUGUCUACAUCCUGGAUAUAGCUGAUUAUAAAUGAAACCAUCUUGGAUAUAGCUGAUUAUAAAUGAAACAAACUGUUGAGACAUCGCGCUCUUGUUUGUCUACAUCCUGGAUAUAGCUGAUUAUAAAUGAAACCAUCUUGGAUAUAGCUGAUUAUAAAUGAAACAAACUGUUGAGACAUCGCGCUCUUGUUUGUCUACAUCCUGGAUAUAGCUGAUUAUAAAUGAAACCAUCUUGGAUAUAGCUGAUUAUAAAUGAAACAAACUGUUGAGACAUCGCGCUCUUGUUUGUCUACAUCCUGGAUAUAGCUGAUUAUAAAUGAAACAAACUGUUGAAACAUCGCGCUGUUGUUUGUCUACAUCCUGGAUAUAGCUGAUUAUAAAUGAAACAAACUAUCGAACGCUCUAGUUUGUUUACAUCCUUGAUAUAGCUGAUUAUAAAUGAAACAAACUAUCGAAUACGUUAGAUCUCACAAGGCAAAUCUUUUUUUAAACCUUAAAGUAGGCUUUUAUGGAGAAUUUUGCAUGUAGUCGAAAUUUAUCUAUUUAAUAUUUGAAGUGGAUUUAUAAAAAUAAGGCAUUCAAAAUUAAAUAUCUAGUUUGGUCUAUAUUUUAUUAGAGUUUUCUAAAAUCAUAUUUUUUCAAAAUCAAAGUAAAAUAUUGCCCUGGAACACUAGUUAAGAGGCAACAUGUAUUGUAGAUAUUAUUUAUUCAAUGCUGGUACAUAAAUGUAAAUAAUGUGA